GCGAGUCCCGCAUUGUUUGGAUCAGCUGUGCGUGGAUGUGAAACCCCACCCAAUGAGGAAGAACGCGCCGCGAGCAGCAGCAGCAGCAGACCCGGACCGAGCUCGAGCCGCACCAUGAUCGCGCUGUUCAACAAGCUGCUGGACUGGUUCAAGGCGCUCUUCUGGAAGGAGGAGAUGGAGCUAACGCUCGUCGGCCUGCAGUACUCGGGGAAAACCACCUUCGUCAACGUGAUCGCGUCGGGUCAGUUCAGCGAGGACAUGAUCCCUACGGUCGGCUUCAACAUGCGCAAGAUCACCAAGGGAAACGUCACCAUCAAGUUGUGGGACAUCGGCGGUCAGCCGCGCUUUAGGAGCAUGUGGGAGCGAUACUGUCGCGGCGUCAGCGCUAUCGUGUACAUGGUUGAUGCGGCCGAUCCAGAGAAGAUCGAGGCGUCGAAGAACGAACUGCACAACUUGUUAGACAAACCCCAGCUGCAGGGAAUCCCAGUUCUGGUUUUGGGCAAUAAGCGAGAUCUUCCCGGAGCUCUGGAUGAGAAGGAGCUCAUUGAGAGAAUGAACCUUUCGACCAUCCAGGACAGAGAGAUCUGCUGUUACUCAAUCUCCUGUAAGGAGCAGGACAACAUUGACAUCACACUACAGUGGCUGAUCCAGCACUCGCGGACCCGGCGGAGCUGAGGAGGCGGAGCCAGCAUCUGAUUGGAGGAACCGCAUCAUGUGAUCGACUGUAUUUUAGGCGUCUCUUGAUUUCUUUCGAGACAAACAAGCAUCCGCCCCUCCCUCUGUUCUUAUAAACUAAUCCACAUCAUUAUCAUCAUUGCUUUUUUAUGGUUUGUCAUGAAGUCACAUGACACGUUUUAUGCUUCAGGGCGCUCGCGCCGGCAUCUUAUUUUAAAGUUUUUUUUCAAGAUUAUGAGAACAUUCCACAUGAUCUCUGAACGUUCGCUGGGAGAUUACGUUGAUUUACACUGUUGCUUUGCGUCUAGCAAGAUGUUAAAUCUUGUAUCAUUAGUCUGUUAGCGUGACCCGGUGCUAGCGUCGUUUCUACAAACAUGACAUCAUCCCGUGGGCAUCAGGGUCACAUGGUUUGCGUUAAUAUUGUAGCAUUAUGAAAUAUUUUUAUCUGAAAGCACAUGAAUCAUUCUGAAGAGUUUAAUGUGUCCAAGAGUAGGUUUUAUACGUUUUUUUUUUGAGUCAUUGUGACUACAGCAUUGUAUCGUUGACGUCGGUGGGUUGUCAUGGCAACCACGUUGUUUUGUUUUUAGGAACGUCUGCGAGCGUGUGCAGAGCAACAUCAGUGUUUUAUUUGAUUUCUCGACGGGACGCAAUACUGUAUCAGACGACAAAUGUUGAUCUGUCUCUGUCGGACCCUCAUAUCGUUGCGCUAAUAAAAACAGCGGAGCCGCAAAUGUUGUGCGAA